UCCGCACGGAAACUCAAUGUACUGGAAACAUGUUGUCACGUGCUUUCUCUUGAAUGGAAUUUCUUUUUCGAUACAAGGAAAUGAUUCUUCAUUGAAGAAAAUAAGGACAAAUGUACUGGACGUGGCAGAGAAACUUGGAGCAACAACAUUCCUGGAAUUAGUUCAGAAAACUAACCUGACAAGGAAUUUUACACAGAAAGGACCAAUAACAGUAUUCAUCCCCUCAAACCAAGCAUUUAAUGAACUCCCAGAAGACGAGAAAGGAAACCUGGAAGACUCCUCUUACGCAAAGACCAUCCUACUCUAUCACAUCGUUCACGGGCACCACCAAAAAGCCAGUUUUCAAAAUGAGGUCACUUACAAGUCGGAAUCGAGGAUGGAGGGAGAGGAUGCGCUUUUAGAAGUUCGUCUGAAUAUUUAUCAUGAUGGGAAGAUCAUUACAGCAUCUGGAAGUCCAAUAAUUAAAUUUGACCAGGAGGCAACCAAUGGAAUUGUUCACCUUCUAUCACGUGUCAUGUACCUGCCUCCUGCCUUUGGUUCGAUUGCACAACUGACAUCACUUCCGAUAAUACGUUACGUGAUGUAUGGGCUCAUUGAUGGAGGCUUAGCGGAAAAAUUAAAUAGGAAAGAGCCAUACACUCUUUUUGCUCCCUCGGAUUUGGCAUUUGAAGCACUACCAAAUAAAACCAUAAAUAUUCUCACUGGAAACAAAACGGCCAUUCGUCGUGUAAUGGAGAAUCACAUCCUAUCCGGUACAUAUUUUACAAAAGGAAUGAAACAGGACGACAGAUUUACAACGAUGCUCGGAGAAACUCUGACGGUUGAUUCCAUUAAAGGUAAUGUUACCGUCAAUGGUUCCCUCCUAGUGCUUCCGGACUUUACAGCCACUAAUGGAGUAGUACAUAUCGCCACCAAAGUCUUCCUUCCCCCGGAUAUGUAUUGAUUUCGGUUUUACUUU